AUGUCCGCACGAAAUGCUCGCAGUACGCGACCCGCUGUAUUGUGCGAUGAGAAGGAUGCCAAUCGAUAUGUAUCGCGGAUUAUUCCCUGGGUGCUUCUCGGAAUAAUCGGUUAUGCCAGUUAUGUCGUCACGAAACCGUUGUGCAUCGACUACCUGAUAUAUCCUCAAUCGCAAUAUGCACGCAAACCACGGAUAGGCGCUGGUGUGGCUAUUAUUGUAUUGUUUUAUGUGCUGUUAUUCCCCGUCAUCGUUACAUAUUUACGAUUAUACUACAUCGUCGCGUUCAACCCCGACUUUUUGCCUAGAGGAGCUGGUUGGAAUCCGUCGAAAUCGGAAGAAAAUGAGACAAAAUCCCAUGCGCGAAGCCGCCGAAGGAAGCGGAGGUUAAGCAACCAGGACGAGGUUAGUGGUAGCUAUAGUAAUGGAAAUGGAGGUGGAGGUGGACAUGACAACAACCGAGAAAAGAGGCGACGACACUCAACUACGACAGCUACCCAAGCAACGGAUGUUGAGCAGAGAGGCGGCGUUGCGUUUCCGCUCAAUGACCUUUCUCAAGAAACUUUCUGGAAAAAAGACAUAUUUAUUUGUCAGGAUGAUGGACGACCAGCGUAUUGCUCGAAAUGCUGCCAAUUUAAGACAGACCGAUCGCAUCACAAUAGGGAUUUUGAUCGCUGUGUUCGGAAACUUGACCAUUUUUGUCCGUGGGUUGGCGGUGUCGUAUCAGAAAGCUCUUACAAGUUUUUCCUUCAGUUCGUCUUCUACACGGCUUUUUUUACUUGUUUUGCAUUAAUCGUGUUUGCCAUAUUUAUCGCCGAACUUCAUUCUGAUAGCGGCACGGUCAAUGCGCACUGGGCCGUUGGCUUAGGCUUAGCCGGAUUGUUCUUCCUCUUCUCUGCUGGCAUGAGUGGUACAUCCCUACAACUCACAGCGAUAAACGUCACAACAAUAGAGAAUCUCACGCGCCGGUCCAAAAUCUGGACUUUAGCUAUCUAUAUUCCGCCGCAUCAACUCGAACGUAUUUCCAGACCUGAUGGAAACAAUAGCCAAUGGGCACAAACUUUUCCGACUGUCACAUACCCACUUCAAAAAUCACCAUAUCCUCCUCCCGCAGAUUCCAAGAAGUCUGUUGACAAUUCUCCUCCCCCUAACGACCAUUCCGUUCCUGCCGCAAAACCGAACGGUGAUGUAAGCAAAUAUAAUACACGCACAUUCGCAAUCCUGCGCACGCAACCCGCUGAGAAUCCAUUUGAUCUGGGCGAUCCAAUCAGGAAUAUACAGCAGGUAAUGGGAUAUACCCUAUGGGAUUGGUUGCUACCAUUGAAAGUCGCGCCAUGUGUAGAUCAUACUAGCCAAGAGAGCGCGUAUCCAAUGGGCCCCGUCGUGGACCGCCUCAAACGGGAAGCGGGUAUUUCUGCUGCUCCUAGUGAUGGUGUCCUCGAAGAGGAUGGGCUAGAAAAGAGAACACAUCGAAAAAAAAGACGUCAUCAUCGAAGAUGGCAUCGGGAAGAAACCGGUGGUCGUGGAGAUGAUAGUUCUUCGAGACGAAGUGAGGAAGGAUGA